AUGAAGAUAAUUUGCUUUUAUUUGCUACCUCUUCAAGCAAUGGAAGAGCUUUCAGCACUCUUUAGAUGGCUCUUUGAAGGCAAAGGCACGUUUAUAAAGCUGUUCAUAGGUGAUAUGCAACCAUUAACAAGCUAUUCAUUGCAUCUCGUACGUUCAGGAGAUUUAAUUACAGAGAAAAUACAAAAUUUACGAGAUGUGCAGGUGGAAGGCAAUGCUGACAUGUGUUAUGAUGUGAUGCUGUACACGGACAGCGAACACACUGUUACUGAUCAUUUCUCGGAAUGGCGUGUGCUGAUGCACAACAUAGUGAUUGGUGGUAUUCUGAUCAAUGAGAGAUUUUAUGGCGAAGAGAUGAGAGGUGAUGGAAAUGUGAAACGGUGUGCCUCAAACAAUUGCAAUGGUAUGAAUUGGCAGCGCAACAUCGAUGGAAAUGGUAUUGAACAGCGUAUGCAGCGGGUACGUGGUGGUGAUCCAAAAUUAACACGUGGCAAAAAUACUGGAAGAACAUGUCAAAUCGUGGAAGAGGCAGAGCAAUAUUUUAAUUCAUACGGCACGUUCAUAGUUUGUAAGGUUAAAUCGCUUGCUUUGAAAAAGUACCUGGACAGAGAGAAGAAUAGCCACGUUUUGUGCCAUAGGUUUCUUAAAAAGUAUGAGAAAUGCGAUGUAAACACUGGAAUACUGCACUUUGAGGAUGAGAAGCGCAGGCGCAAAGAAAGUGGAUCGACAGGUAGCAAGGUUUGUAAAAAGAUGAGCAAAUCAAAAGAGCGCUCAACUCUACACAACAACGGUCAGAUGAAAGCGAGAGAUGUUGAAAUGGAUAACGGUCUGAAUAUCACCGGUUCAUACGGCAAAAAAACACUUCCAAGACCAGGACAUGCAGACACCCAAAAAUGUACAAAAGAGCAGGUCAGCAAUGCUCGACUGAUAGGACAGUUCAACAAUGAAUUCAUCGUAAUAGAAAUAGCAGAUAGCAUUUUCAUGAUUGAUCAGCAUGCCAUACACGAGAGAAUACGGCUAGAAAAAUUGUUGAAGAUUAGGAAGAUGAAAGGCAUUAAAUACGAUCUUGAAGCGUUGAAGGAGAGCGCGUGUAAGGGAGCAAUAAAAUUCAAAGAAAAGCUAAGCGUUCACAAGAUGAAAGAAAUUGUGAGGUGGUAUCGCUCGUUGAAGUAUCCCUUUGUUUGCUGCCACGGUCGGCCUACCAUUGUGCACGUUGGGAGAGUGGAGCGGUAAAUGCUUUCAUUAAAGAAUGCCGCACAUCAAGCGUAG